CUGGCACGCAGUGCUGGUCUUGGCCCUACGCGGAAGACGACCGCCUCUGCGGAGGAGCCUACAACUGCGAAGCGUCCGGUGGCUACUGCGGCGGUUUGGAGGAGGACAACCGGCCUGAGCUUCGGCCGGACUUUGGCGAUGGCAGGAUGGGAAUCCCCUGGUGCGCUGGCAGCGAGCCGAAGAAGCUUACGCCAGAUGCGGACUAUAUGAACUUUGACAACAUCCUUUGGGCCUUGCUGGUAGUGUUCCAGUGCAUGACCAUGGAAGGAUGGACGGACAUCAUGUACAGAGUUCAGGAUAGUUACGACUUCAUUGCUGCCACCAUCUACUUCUUCCUUCUGAUUCCGCUUACCUCCUUCUUCCUGCUGAACGUUGCCCUGGCCGUGGUAGAUGAGGCCAGAGAUGACUUUGAGAAGAAGGAGGAAGAGAAAGAGGAUGAUGAUGGGGGAGAUUCGUCAGCGCAGGAUGGAGAAGCGCUGCGAAAGUCCCUCCUGGGCGAAGAUGAUAUUAUGGACUUUGGAGACCAGCCGCCGUGGUGCGACUGUGCUUUGGUGCACACUUGCCGUCACAUAGCCUUCAGCGACUGGUUCAUGAACGUCAUCAUGCUUUUUAUCGUGAGCAAUGUCAUCACAAUGAUGAUGGAGAGUUUCCCACCAACCAUGGGUCAGCAGGAGAUCCUCGAUAGUUUGGAGAUGACGUUCCUUGUGGCCUUCUGUGUGGAGAUGGCAGUGCUGCUGAUGGCUCUAGGCCCCCGGCAGUACUUCACCAAUCCCGUGACGGCCUUUGACGGGACGAUCGUGAUCACCUCCGUCGCGCAGGCCUGCGUGGGCCAGGCGGGGCCUUUGACGGCCCUUCGCACCUUGCGGUUGUUCCGGGUACUGAACAAGCUCGCGAAUCGCUGGCCUUCCUUCAAGGUUCUACUCAAGGCCAUGGUUCUGACUGCCAUCUCAUUGAACUACUGGCUCGUCCUUUUCGCGCUAGUGCUCUACAUCUGCACCCUCAUGGCGCAGACCUUUUUUGCCACGGAGUUUCACUUCAACGAUCCGGACUCCUUUGACUACGUGACGAAUCGCGGGGAGUUUUGGUGCCCUGGCACGGAAGGGCUGGAUCCUGCCUAUCGACAGGACUGCAUCCCCCGUGCGCACUUUGACACCUUCUUGUGGGCGCUAGUCACCAUCUUCCAGAUUAUGACAGGAGAGAACUGGAACACAGUCAUGUAUGCGGGCAUGCGUGCAGCGGGUCCAGGAUUCUGCCUGCUCUUUGUACUUCUGAUCAUGUUCGGCCAGACACUGUUCCUCAGUCUAUUUCUGUCGAUGCUGAUGUCCAAAUUUGAUCACGUCAAGGACACGCUGAACGCAGAACUUGAUCGUCAGCAGACGGUACAGAGACUGCGGAAGAAGUCGAUUGAGUCGAGGCCUUCUGGCUUGAGUGAUGAAAUGACGGCGUACGGCGCCAGUAGCAGGAGCAGGAUAUUCCAGCCAGCCCGAACCAUGCUGGAUAGCAUGGCAAGCUUCAAGACGGCUUUGGAAGACAGGAAGGCCUGGCCAUCAGGCUAUUCUUGGUUCAUAUUCUCUCCGCAGAAUCCCAUCAGAAGACUAUGCAGGUAUGUAUUGAAGGUGGAGGUGGUCGGACGCUGCGAGUUCAAGGUGGGAAGAGACAACAGAGAUAGAGAGGGCGGUGGCGGUGGCGGCGGCGGCUUCAAGGUCUUCGACAAUUUCAUCCUCCUUUGCAUCCUCUUCUCCACGGUCACUAUGGCCAUUGACUCGCCCCUGGCUGAUCCCAAGCUGCCCAUCACGGUCUUUGUGCGUGCAGCCGACGAGGUUUUCGCAGUGAUCUUCAUCAUAGAGAUGGUGAUCAAGCUGAUUGCUUUGGGCCUGAUUUGGGGUCCAGACGCCUACCUCAAGAGCUCUUGGAACUGGCUGGAUGGGGUGGUCGUGAUGGUGUCCAUCAUCAACAUGGCGAACUUGAGCCAGAGCGGCUUCCUGAAGACUUUGCGCAUUCUGCGUGCCUUCCGACCGCUGCGCGUGAUUUCCCGGAACGAGAACCUGAAGGUGGUGGUGCAGACAAUCUUCACCUCCAUGCCUCACCUUCUGACGCUGGUGAUCGUGGCCAUGUUGUUCUUGUUGAUCUUCGCGCUAUUUGCCCUGUCUUACUUGAAUGGCACUUUCUACUACUGCGACCUCUCAACCGCCCCUGCAUUGAGACGGGAGCUGGGCCAGGACUUCACGACUCCGCUUUGCAUGCCGACGGCCCUGGACAACGUCACAGUUUCCGGCGGCUUGCAGCAUGGCAGCUUUGAUGCCAUGAACUACGCGUGGGUGGGCAACACUACAACCUGUCCCAGCUCCCAUUCGGUGGCGUACCAGCGAGCAACAGCCGACACGCCCAUCUGCAUUGGCCGAUGUCUCCCUGAGGGCUACUCCAGGUACAUGCAGCCGGAAUGGCUCUGCCCCAAGGCGUUGACCAUGGCUGAAGAGCUGCCGGCGGUAUGUGGUGCCGACGUGGUGAGGACCGUCUCUGCGGAAGAGCAGCGUGGCCUUGACUAUGUCGACAAGAUGACUCGGCUGCUGGUAUUGCCCUGCGGCGGCAGCACUGUGAAUGCUUCGGGCCACCUGGUGCAUUCUGGCAAGGCCAUGAGCUGCGCGGACAUCUUCUGCGAGGAGGUGGAUGAUGAGACCAAGACUCGGUGCAAUGCUGCCUGCAAGAAGGCGCCCCACUUUUGUGUGGAUGCCUGUGGCCCUGGGCUGGAAGGCAGUGCGCAGUGUGAAUCUUGUCAGAUCGAGUGUGAAGCGCAGUGCAGGUGCCCUGAAUUCUGCGAAGGUCUGGUCAGGGAUGCCGCUUUGUGCCUAGAACAAGGGUCCAGGUGGUUGCCAAGUAUCAGCCAGAGCUUCGACAACAUAUGGUACUCCAUGCUCACCCUCUUUGAGAUCUCCACGACGGAGGGCUGGGUGGACGUGAUGUACUCUGCUGCGGACUCCGUGCAACCGUACGUGCAGCCAAAGCGUGAUCAUAACGAAACGCUAUGGGUACCUUUCUUUAUGCUCUACAUCUUCUUCAGCAAUAUGUUCAUCAUCAACCUCAGCGUGGGUGUGAUCGUGGACAAGUUUAUGUCACAGAAGCAGGCCAACUCUUCAGUAUGUCUGACUGACCCCCAGAAGAAGUGGGUCAACUGCAUCACAAGUCUUUAUGCAAGGCGGCAGAUUGUGACCCUGACGGACUUGCAUGAGAAGCCAACGAUCAGACGGAAAGUCUACGAAUUAGUGUCCAGUCCGGCCUUUGAGACCACCAUCAUGGGGGCGAUCGUUGUGAACACGCUUUUCUUGGCCGCUAAGAUCACUCCCACGCCAUUCCCGGAAUGGGAGCCUUUCCUGGAAGCGGUGAACUAUAUCUUUGCGGGAGUCUUCACGAUCGAGUGCCUCCUGAAGCUCUUUGCCCUGCACGGCAACUACUGGGGGGAUCGGUGGAACGUCUUCGACUUCAGCUGUGUGGUUGCCACGUUGGCCGGUAUCAUCAUCAGCAAAGCCUCCAAUGUGCGCAUUGACCCCAUCAUCCAGGUCAUCCGCAUCUUCAGAGUGGCCCGACUCUUCCGGUUGCUGCGGUUCCUGAAGGGCCUGAACAAGAUCUUCAUGGCACUACUCAUGUCGCUGCCAAAGCUCAUGAACGUGCUUCUGAUCCUGCUAUUACUGCUGAUUUUGUACAGCAUCUUGGGCGUGAGCCUUUUUGCCACCACCAAGCUGGGAGACACGCUGAAUGUGCACGCGAACUUCCAGAACUUUAUGCUGGCAUUCAUCACGCUCUUCCGGGCUUCCACGGGUGAGGCCUGGAACGAGAUCAUGCAUGAGCUCUCAAGCUCGGAGGUGGAGCUGUACAAGUUGGGUGUGUGGUGCUCCCCGAGCGACCUCUUCGACACGGAGACCAAGUUCGAGGUCCUGAAGGAGAAGUGCCUCAUUGAUCAUCCCAACAGCUGCGCUCAGAACCCUUACUUCUCUUUCAUCUUUUGGGUGACCUACACGCUGGUCAUCACCUUCAUGGUGAUGAACCUGGUGAUUGCCGUCAUCCUGGAAGGCUACGAGGAUGGCAAGGAGAGCCCGGCGUCGGAGGUGGUGGACGUGUGCGUCAAGUUGUGGCUGAAGCACGACCCUGACCAUCGCAUGUCUUUGCCCUUGGGUGAAGCUCUAAACUUCAUCAACAAGGCGUUGCGAGAAGUGGAGCGUCAGGAAGGCAGUCCACAUACCUCGCCUGCAGCGGGUGUCCAGGGAGUGCAGGGCCUACAGUCUUUGCCUAUGAAGUACGUGGCAGCACUGGACGUCCAGGUUGGUGAGAACGGACGUGUGCACUUCAUCUCCGCGUGCAAGCAAGUCAUGCGCUUCGUGUGCCUCGGAGAUGAUCUUGCGAGCUUGGAGGAUUUGGACACUGUUGAGGAGAAACUAGAGCAGAAGCAAAGAGACAAGCUGAGAAGGCUUGUGGAGAAAAGUGAGCUUCGGAUUCAGAGCAAGCAAACGAGAGACGUAUUGAUGGAGGGUCUGAGCUUUGCCAGCGCCAAGUCCAAGGGCGGGAAGAUGAGGGAUCUGAAGGAGGAGGUGGCCGCGCUGAAGCUCCAAACCGCAAUGAAGCACGUCUUUGGCAAAGGGAAGAAGGCACAGCCGAAAGAAGAUACUAAGGCUGCCAAGGCGCCUCAGGAAGAGGCCAAAGUUGCGCCUGAAGAAGAGGCCAAAGUUGCGCCUGAAGAAGAGGCCAAAGUUGAGCCUGGUGCAUCUUCAGAUGGACCCAAGGAGGCUUAUGGCCCCUACUGCGGGGAGCCGUUGGAGGACCCACACUGAGUCUUUGGGCACGUAGGCUGCUGGAGCAAGUCGGAGGAUGGCUGAGACACCGCCCAAACAGCACGCUACAACCCGUCACUGUGCAGCCAGUGACCAGAACUUGGCAUGACUGGCCACAAACAGGUAUCCACUCUUUUUCACAGUCC